AAAUGGCGGCGUCCAUAACUUUUCCAGAAUGUAAACAAAAAUGAAAAGAAAUUACAGAUAAAAUGUGAUGUAGACCAUUUUUUUUCCUUGAUUCGUGAUCAUCAAGAGUUUGAUGUUUUAGUCUUACAUCGAAACAUGAAGAAGGAGGGAAAGUCGGAUGUUUCAAGGCCAUAUAAAUUGGCUCAUCAGACUUUGUGUAUUCGUGCAAUAAAUCUUGAGAAGAAGUCCUUAAUAGGCUAUGUUGAACUUCUCAUCCACCCCUUAAGACAUGAUUUAAAGAGAGUCAAGAUCAACAGCAAGCAGUGUCGUAUUUAUCAUGUGUCUAUAAAUGACCAGCAUGAAGCCAAAUUUCUGUACAAUGACCCAACUCUAGAAAUAUGCCAGGGAGAUGCAAAACAGAGAAAUCUGGAUUACUUUCAGCAUUGCCAUUUCUCUGCCAUGUCUGCCGUUGAUCCUGACAAUGGGAAUGGAGAAAUCACUGUCCGCCUCCCUCCAGAAAUGUACAUGCACAUUGCAGAGUUACGCCCCUUUCGUGUUUGCAUUGAGUUUUCCCUAGAAAAUCCAAAAGGUGGUCUACAUUUUGUUAUACCAGACAUACAAGGAAGUGUUCAUGAAAAAGCUCCACAUGCAUUUACUGGAGGCCUCAAUAAUUGUUCCAGAUUAUGGUUCCCAUGUUUGGACACAUAUUCAGAGCCAUGCACGUGGAAAAUUGAGGUGACGGUUGACAAUGAACUGACAGCGGUGACCUGUGGCGAUCUCAUUGAGGUGAUAUCCACCUCCGACAAAAAACGGAAGACCUUCCACUACUUCCUGUCUGUUCCUACAUCGGCACCUAACAUCGGAAUGGCUGUAGGGCCAUUUGAAAUACAUGUGGACCCAAACAUGCAUGAAGUGACCCACUUCUGUUUACCACAUCUGUCAGAAAUUCUCAAAUACACAACAAACUACAUCCACAAGGCUUUUGAGUUUUACGAGGAGCUGCUGUCCAGUCGGUACCCCUACUCCUGUUAUAAACACGUGUUUGUGGACGAAGCUUAUGAGGAAUCUACUUCUUAUGCCACCUUGUCAAUUCUAAGCACCAACUUGUUACACUCUAACAGGAUUAUAGACCAGACUGUUACCACAAGAAACAUCCUGGCAGAGGCCAUUGCUAAACAGUUCUUUGGAACCUUUAUUGCCAUGCAAACUUGGUCUGAUGCCUGGCUGCCUCUUGGAAUAUCGGGUUACUUAGGUGGCCUUUUCAUAAAGAAAACAUUUGGAAACAAUGAGUACAGAUUCAGAAUUUCAAAUCAUUUAAAAGAUGUCCAAGAAUAUGAGAACCGAGUGGGGGGAAUUGUGUUAGAUCCAACAAAACGUGACUCCAACCAUCACUUCUCCAUCAAGAGCCCCCACACUGUCUCCCCACGCUAUAUGGAGGCUUUCAGAUCUAAGUCGCUACUGGUUAUCAGGAUGUUAGAACAGAGGAUUGGAGAACAGCUACUUAUACAGGUCUUCAACAAACUAGUGGCCUUGGCCUCGACAGGAGCCUCACAGAAAUUUGGUGCCAAUGCCUGGGGGAACCUCCUCCUGUCAACCUCAUCUUUUCUUAAGAUCAUAUCAACGGUGACAGGGAAAGACAUCACUCCUUUCUUAGAUCUUUGGGUGUCCCAGAGUGGAUGUGCCAGAUUUUUUGGAAACUUUGUGUUCAACAGAAAAAGAAAUGUGGUAGAGUUAGAGUUGAAACAGGAUCUUGGUGCCAAAGGGUCCAUCAAGUAUGUGGGACCACUGACAGUUACUAUCCAAGAAUUAGAUGGUUCUUUCAACCAUAACUUCAAAAUCGAGGAAAACAAGACCAAGUUUGACAUAACGUGCCAUUCAAAAUGCAGAAGGAACAAGAAGAAAAAGAUUCCACUAAUGACCGGAGAGGAGGUGGAUAUGGAUCUAAGUGCCAUGGAUGCUGACUCUCCAGUUUUAUGGCUGCGGGUCGAUCCAGACAUGAGCCUACUUAGUCAUGUGACUUGGGAACAGCCAGAUUACAUGUGGCAGUAUCAGCUCAGAUACGAAAGGGACAUUGUCGCUCAAAGAGAGGCCAUCAGAGCUCUGGAGAAUUACCCCACAGCAGGUACCAGAAGAGCACUGACAGACAUACUGGAGGAUGACCACUGCUUCUACAGAAUCAGGAUGGAGGCUGCUUACUGUCUGGCCAAGGUUGCCAAUUCAAUGGUGGGUGUGUGGGCGGGACCCCCAGCAAUGAUGACGAUCUUCAGGAAAAUGUUUGGAUCUCAUUCUUGUCCUGCCAUCAUCAGACAGAACAACUUCUCCAAUCUCCAGCAUUACUUCUUACUCAAGACUAUUCCAAAUGCCAUGGCCAUGCUGCGUAACAUUCACACAAUAUGUCCCCCAGAAGUGUUCAAAUUCAUCAUGGAACUGUUCAAGUAUAAUGACAAUAGCAGAAACAAGUUCUCUGACAACUACUACAGAGCUGCACUGGUGGAAGCUGUAGCUAAAACUGUGACUCCAGCCAUCACUCUUAUGACUACACCAGGGCAGGGUCCUACAGCUGACAAUUUAUCAAUGGAAACCAAACAGAUUCUGGAGGAAAUUACUCGUUACUUGAAUCUAGAGAAAUUACUGCCAUGUUACAGGCACACAGUUACUGUUAGUUGUCUGAGUGCCAUCAGAACUCUACAGAAGUUUGGCCACCUGCCCAGUGAGGUGGAAUUCUUUAAGAGUUACGCCAGACAUGGAGUGUUUAGGGACAUAAGACUGGCCGCUAUUGAUGCUAUAGUAGACUUCAUCAAAACGGAGUCUAGACCAGAGGACAUGUACUGGAUUUUGAGUUUAGUGGAGACAGAUCCCGACCUAUACAUCAGGCAUUAUGCACUUCAACAACUAGUGCUAAAUCCACCCUUCAGAAGAUUAGAAGCUAGUGCCCUUCACACAGAGGGAUUAGUGGAGAGACUGUGGAAGAUGAUGAAGACUUUUUUCAGAAACAUGGUUGUGCUAAAUCUGAAGGACAAGAGAAAUAGAAUGAAUCCAGCAUUUGUUCCUGAUGAAAUGGAGGAGAUGUUUGAUGAUGAAGAUGAGGAGCUAGCGGAGGAUGAUAAUUCUCAGAUGGACACAGAGACAGACAUUGACGUCACCAACAUUGGGGGUGAGGACUCCUCCCUCAAGAGGAAGUCACCCCCCUGCUCUGACCCAUCAGUAGUUAUGUCCCUUGGAAGUGUCCCCGAGACCUGUCCAGAAGGAAUAUUUAACGAGGACAGCACUUCACAGUCCAAAAAGCUUAAACUCAAGAUGCCCUCAGAACCUCCUGUGGAGACCUCCCAGGUGUCUGAGCUCCCCUCAGUGGCCCCCGGGACUCAGGAAGUCACGGUGCCAAAAACACCGAUCACUCCGUCAUCAGCUACUUCUGCUUAUGCGGCUGAAUUCCUCAAAUUUGUUGGGGUCAAACAAGAGCCGCCGGCUCCAGAAUCUCAGAUGUCCAUCACCAUGGAUACGUCGUCUCGACUGAGUGAGGGGUCCUCAUCUCCUACCAACACCCCCAGGCCCUCAGAAUCUGGUGCUCCCCUAUCAUUCGCUGGAUUGUUACCAUCAUCAGCGUCUGCUACAGAUCUGUCAUCUGCUACAGACUCUAAGGCACAUAAAGCCAAAAAGAAAAAGAAGAAAAACAAACACAAGCAUAAGCACAAGCACAAACAUGACAGACCGGACAAGGAUCCAUUGGAGCGGAUCCGAGAGGGGUCCCAAAACAACAGCUCGGAAAAUUCACCAAGUGUACAACAUUCUACACUCAGUUCCCCUGAAUAUGAAAUUUAAAUUUAAUUGUCAGAUUGAUGUACAUGUAAAUAUUAAAAGAGACUUUUA